GCGCCCGGCCGAGCGCUGGAGAGCCAGCCGCUGGGGUCUCCGAGCCGCCUGCGAGGCUGGGAUGGCGGCGCCGCUCGCUCCACGCCGGGGAGCCGGGGCUGCCGGCCGGCGCUGGUCGGUGCUGCUGUCGCCCCUGCUGCUGCUGGUGCUGCUGCGGGCGCGGCCCGCGGGGGCCCUGGUGGAGGGGCUGUACUGCGGCACGCGGGACUGCUACGAGGUGCUGGGCGUGAGCCGCUCGGCGGGCAAGGCGGAGAUCGCGCGGGCCUACCGCCAGCUGGCGCGGCGCUACCACCCCGACCGCUAUCGGCCUGAGCCCGGCGACGAGGGCCCGGGGCAGACGCCGCAGAGCGCCGAGGAGGCUUUCCUGCUGGUGGCGACCGCCUACGAGACUCUCAAGGAUGAAGAAACACGAAAAGAUUAUGACUACAUGCUGGAUCAUCCAGAAGAGUACUACAGCCAUUACUACCACUACUAUAGCAGGCGCUUAGCCCCUAAAGUAGAUGUUAGAGUAGUGAUUUUGGUCAGCGUGUGUGCUAUUUCGGUGUUUCAGUUUUUCAGUUGGUGGAAUAGCUACAAUAAGGCAAUCAGCUACCUAGCCACAGUACCCAAGUACCGGAUUCAAGCUACAGAGAUCGCCAGGCAGCAGGGACUGCUCAAAAAAGCCAAAGAAAAAGGCAGAAACAAAAAGUCCAAAGAGGAAAUUCGUGAUGAGGAGGAGAAUAUCAUAAAGAACAUUAUAAAAAGUAAAAUAGAUAUAAAGGGAGGCUAUCAGAAGCCCCAAAUAUGUGAUCUUCUUCUGUUUCAAAUUAUCUUGGCUCCUUUUCACCUGUGCUCAUAUAUAGUCUGGUAUUGUCGAUGGAUCUAUAAUUUUAACAUCAAAGGCAAAGAAUAUGGAGAAGAAGAGAGACUAUAUAUCAUACGUAAAUCUAUGAAGAUGUCAAAGUCUCAAUUUGAUAGUCUAGAAGAUCAUCAGAAAGAAACUUUCCUUAAACGGGAGCUCUGGAUAAAGGAGAAUUAUGAGGAUCUCCACAAAACAGUAACGGGCUCGCUGGCGAACCCGUUACUGUUUCAUGAAGGCCACAUCCCUGCUGCCCUUCAUUUCCUCCGGGACACUGUCUUCGCAUGGCUCCUCCUUUCUCCAGCUCAUUUCACACCUUGGCUCCAGCCACCGGAGUCGCAGUUUUCUGAAGAAUCGGGAAGGCGUCUUUGCUGCCUGCCUCCCCCGUCCCCGCACCGGCCCCCUCCCCCAGCGUCAAACUCCUGCUCAUCCUGGGCCCGGCGCUCCAGGCGGAGAUGGGCGCUGCAGUGCGGGUCCCGGCCGCGGCUGCCAGGAACAGAUGCGGCUGUCAUCGAGGUCUAG